AUGACUACUUCGCCGGCAACACCAAGUACCCCACAGCUUUCAAACCAAGGACAGGCUUUAACUUCUGACCGUGCAGCCUCAAUUGGAUGGUAUUUCAUCGAGUCGUACUACGAUUUCUACAAUAAGAGUAUUGAAAGUAUUUACAAAUUAUACCACUCUAAUGGAGUUGCUUCUCAUGCUAGUUUUCCAAGCCAGGACAACGCUUCAAGAAUCUUACAUAAGGCUAGUGGUAUUGAAGCUAUCAAAAAGCGCUUUCAGAACGAUACGGCGUUAAAGGAAGGGAAGAACAGAAUCGUAGUUACUAGUGCAGACAUACAAGUUUGUUUGCAGGAUAAGAUUUUAAUUGUUGUAUUUGGGGAGUGGUCAAAGAAUAAUUCACCAUUUUGGCAGUUUACCCAAACCUUCCUCUUAUGCCCAGGUAAGAAUGAGAACACAUUUGAUCUUGCCAAUGAUAAUUUGAGAUUUGUUGACUAUGAAGAAUACAAGAAGCCUGCAGUUACUACGGAAGAAGUAAUUGUUGAAUCAAAAGAAGUAUCAAAAGAAAGGCAGACUCCUAUAGAAUCAAAGGGCGACACAACAAAAGUGGUUAAGCCUCAAGAGCCAAAAUCUGCUGUCCCUACUUCCAAUGGAGAAUCCAAACAAGAAAAAGAUAAAUUAGAAGAAGCAAAGAAAGAACCAAAAGAGAUUAAGAAAGCGGAUACUAAUAUCACGAUUGCACCAGAACAAAAGCAGAAAUCACAAACCGAAUUAAAGUCCGAAGUUAUUUCCGAAGCAAAGGCUGAACAUAAGGUAGAACGUAAGGUAGAACAAAAAACGGAACAAAAGACAGAAUCAAAACCGGAAUCAAAACCAGAACCAAAACCAGAAUCAAAACCAGAACCAAAACCGGAAUUAAAGCCAGAAUCAAAACCAGAAUCAAAACCAGAGUCAAAGCCGGAACAAAAGACAGAGGCAAAACCAGAACAAAAGGCAGAACAAAAACCACAGUCCAACACUACCGAAUCACAUCAUGAAUCCAAAACUGACUCAGAAACUGAACAAAAAUCAGAAUCAACCAACGAGGAGUCAUCUCAUUCUUCUAAUUCUCGUCCUAUAUCGUGGGCUGCAUUAGCCGCUCAGCAACCUCCACCAUCUGCAAAGCCUUCAGUUUUGUCUCCAGCUAAAACCUCGGCUACCCUUGCGGUUAAAAAGACUCCACCUAUGGCUCAUACCCAACAAACUCAACUUCCAGCCCAACCUCAACAACCACAGCCAACCUCAAAUGGUAAAUAUAAGAAGGAGGAUUGGUUUCCUAUCUACAUCCGUGGUGUUAAAGAUAUCGAUGAAGAUAAGUUGAAAAAUCACUUGACUAAGAAGUUUGGUGAGAUCAAGUUUUUCAGAGUAUUUGUCAAUAUCGCAUUGUGUGACUUCGUAGACGGUGAGGCACAGAAAAAGGCACUCGAAGCCAAAGAAACAGAGGUCGAUGGCUAUGUUAUUCAGUUAGAAGUUAGAGAAUCUAAGACCCAUACUGGUAGUAAGACUAAUGUAAAAAAUCCAAAGGAUAAAGGGAAUACUAGCACUGGUAAUGAAAAGAGGGGAAGGAAUGAUAAAAAGCAAAACGGUAAGAAGAAUAGAUCAAGUUCAAGGAACUUGGACUAG